AUGGCCUCCGCGUGGUGCUGGAGCUGCCUGUCGCGGCUUCGCCCGACAGCAACACCGCGAGCAAUUCUCCCUCCGCCGUCCGCUACGGCCCGGAUCACGAGCGCCCCCUUCCACACCACCGCUGUGCAAUAUGCCCAGCCGGUUGCGAAAAAGAAGGGCCUGACCAUCAUGAAGUACAGACAAGGUCAGACCCUGCGGAGGAAGAAGAAGAAGACUACUGAGCGCGCGCGGCCUCCGGCCGUCGGCGAGCGCAAGGCUAUGCGGAAACGCAUUGUUCUGAGCAACCCUAACGCCCUCGAGAUCGAGGGCAUGCAAGACUUGUCACCGGAGACUAUGGUUGAUGCCCGUCUUCGUGGUACGGUGCUCGGUCUGCCCGUGCCGAUGAUCGACCAAUUGAGAGCUGUCCAGGCUUUCAAGCCUAAGCAGGGCUGGUCGAUAUUCCGUCGGCCGGGUACCGUCCUGCGACGGGAUGCCCUUGAGAUGGGUCGCUUGAUUCAGAAGAUCUCUGGCGAUGGCGAUGCUCCCGAGAAGGGCAAGGUUGUCAAGAAGAUUCUCACUGGAUUGAAGGGAUCUGGCAAGACUGUCCAUCUGCUGCAAGCUAUGGCUAUGGGAUUCCUGAAGAAGUGGGUGGUCAUUACUGUGCCUGAUGCCCGAGAACUCGUGUCCGGUGAAACAGCCUACUCCCCCAUUGAGGGCAGCAAGCCAACCCAAUACGUCCAGCCCAACGCUACAUGCGCCCUCCUGACACGCACUGUCGAGGCCAACCGUGAGGUUCUGGCUAGCCUCAAGGUCUCGCAGAAACACCCGGCCCUGAAGACCCUCAAGCCGUCAUCGACUCUGGAGGAUCUUGCCAAGCUUGGCUUCCAGGACCCCGCUGUCGCCUGGACCGUCUUCCAGGCUCUCUGGACUGAGCUCACUGCCACCGCUGCGGCUCCUGGUCUGGAGAAGGACUUCAAGCCUCGUCCUCCUAUGAUCGUGGCCGUAGACGGCCUCGCACACUGGAUGAAGGAGAGCGCCUACCGUGCCUCCGACUUCACCCCAAUCCACGCUCACGACCUCGUCUUUGUGAAGCACUUCCUUUCCCUUAUUCAGAAUGGUCAGGCUUCCUUGAAGAAUGGCGGCAUGGUUAUGUUCGCUACCUCCACCUCCAACAGCCCUAGCGUUUACAGCCUCGAGGUUGGUCUCGACCAGUUGGCCGCUCGCCAGGCUGGCACCGGCCCUACUUCCCCUGACUACCCAUCCCCGGAAGCCUACAGCGAUGCCGAUGCUCGCGUCCUGGAGCUAUUCAAGCCUGCUACCGGCAAAGAGGCCCAGCUUGAGCUGCAGACCCUCGGUGGUCUGACUCGCGACGAGACCCGCGGUUACCUGGAGUACUUUGCCCGGAGUGGUCUUCUGCGCGAGGAGGUCAAUGACCUCUGGGUCAGCGAAAAGUGGAGUCUUUCCGGCGGUGGUGUCAUCGGUGAGCUUGAGAAGCUAGGCCGCCAUGUGCGCAGCCCUGCCCAGGCUCUCCCUGUUGAGAACUAA